ACGUCAAUAUGAACUGUUUACCUUUAAUCCCUCAAAAUGAAGAUCACGAAAUCCUCCCGCUUAUUCAUGAAAUUUUACAAAACAGUCUUUGUGCUAACAAAUACCCACGAAAUGUUGCUGAAAAUUACCAAAAAUACAUAGUCGAUGGCGAGUUUACGGACCAAAAAAAUAGAGGUUUAGAUACAGUCAAGGUCUUUGAGGCCCUUGAGCCUCGCAUGAGUGACAUUUUGGAUGUAGAGGAGGAGCUGAUGCGUAAUCAUGCUCUUGCAAUGAUCCAAAAAGAGCAAAAUUUACCACUUAUUGAAAAUUUGCGUCUCAAGAGAUUCGACUUUUUCCAAAAAUUAUCAGACAAUGCUGCCCAAACCUAUGAAUUAAUUCAACGAGAAGAUCUUUACCCGAAUAAAAUUGAGCAAUAUUUAGAUUUCACGUACAAUCCAAGCUUACACACGUGUGACCCCUGCAUCCCUGACAAAACAGUUGAAACAAAACCAACUGUGAAAAAGAAGCAAUGGAAAUGUGACCUGAGCGAACCUGAAGUAACUCCUCCUUUCAAGGCUGAGCCCCACCAAAUUAUUUUCUGGAAUUACGAACUCGGUCAAGUCUAUAGACAAAAAUUUAAACUUAUAAAUACAACACGAUCACCGCAAAACUUUAAUUAUUAUUUGUUACCAAAAGACAGCCCGUAUCGUCUGAAAAUAUUAACAGAGUCGCAACGAGUAGCUCCAGGAAUGUCAGCUGAAUUCUUGGUCGAAUUUAGGCCUGAAAGUUUCCAAAACUACACCGAAUUUAUUAAAUUCCGGACAAUCAAAGGAGCAGACCUCAAUGUGGUUGUGUCAAGUGCCCGGGAUUCCCCUAAACUCAUUUGUUACAUUUAUAAUCCUUUCUUACCUUGGUACGCUGUGAGGAAACCGGGACCUGGAAGCAAAUAUUUUUCCGAGCGAAGACGCACUGCUUUAAAUUUUACUAUCGACUGUGGAACCUGUCUUUUGGGGAAUUACUCGUUGAUUACGCUGAUUAUGAAAAAUCAGGGCAACAGAGGGCGCUUUCUUAUCACGACCGAAAACGAAUGGGUUUUUAGUGAACUCAGUGAAAAAGGGACUCGUGCUUGCGAAAUCUCACAAGGCUGUUUUACUAUCUUUCCAGCUUUGUUUGAUAUCGACAGUGACGACAUUGAACAAAUUGCUGUCGCAUUUGUGCCAGACAAAGUUGGAGUUUUUACCGAAAAGUUUGUUAUUAUUUGUGACAACAACGCUCAUUUGGAAAUUGAAAUUUUAGGAGAUUGUAUCCUAUACUCGGAUAAGUUUCUUAAAGUUAACAUGUACUUAUUGCAAAACACCUUUUCGUAUAAUAACCGAUCAAUUACAAUAACUCUAGCGCCAAAACAAACUUCAAGUGUAAUUUUUUCGAUUUUGAAUAACAGUCCUAUAUAUUUUAAUUAUUAUUGGCUGUUAAAAACCUCAACUGAAGUAUACAAUAAGAAAAAAAUGAACCCUGACUGGAUAAAAAUUUUAUAUGGCACUCAAUUUCUUCCAACUUUUAGCACAACCGACGUGGUCGUUCAAUUAACGCCAGACACGGAAGCAGAAGGUUUUUAUCACAUUUUUUUAAGUUUAUACUUAAAAAAUAUCCCGAAUGCAAGUUUAGAAAAUUAUGACGCUUUUACAUCAAUAAACGAUUUACAGUUUAAUCAUAAAUGUGAUUCUUCUUGUAUAGAUGAACAAGAAAAUGGUGCCAAAUUAUUCACCCACUCACAAUUGGGAGACGUCCAUAUUUUUGAACUAGAAAUAAACUGUAUAGUUAAAUUGCCGGAACCCGUUAAACUUGCAACUGUGAAUGUCAGUUUAGAUUUUCCGAGCCAAGGAGUGUCCCCAUCACUGUAUCUCCGACUAUCAAAAUCUGUUCUCAAUUUUGGCAUAAUUCCAAAAGGAGUGUUUGUUUCUAGAAGUAUAAAUGUUGAAAAUUUGACUGAUGAUGACAUCGACUGGAAAAUCAUGGAAAUUCAUUGUACUGACAAGUCGUACCUUUGCGUUUCUUCAGAAGCCUAUGGUUUGGACCAGUACAGUGGUACUUUAAAAGGAAAACAUAAAAAGAAUUUGAACUACACGAUAGAAGCCAAAGAGGCCACACGUUGGGUUUCUAUUUUAAUCCUCUUUUCUUGUCCUUCUUGCACUUGCCAAAAUUUCACCCUAGAGUCUGUUUGUAUAAUAGCUUACCAAGUCGCCGAAAUCAAUAUUUCUAUUCGCACAGACAACCAGCUACACGUGCUAUGCCCUCGGGAAUUUAUUUAUGUCGAAAUCCCCACCUUGUAUACAAUCUACGUCCACAACUCCGGCUUGGUGGUGGGUUGCUUCUACUUCCUUAAACCCACAGGGGACGGAGCCGACAAGUUGCGUCUCAGAUUCCACCCCCAAUCGGGAGUCGUCCAGCCAGGGGCCACGGUCGACGUCAAAGUCGAGUUAACUGCACUCAACGGUGGCAUUUUUGACAACAUUUAUGUUCCUUGUUUCAUUGGAGACCCUGAACGACUCAUUGCUUUGAGAAUUCUAUGUUCGGUGGCCACCAUUAACUUGCAUUUUUAUCUCCCAGAUGAGGAAAAUGGAUACAACAGGUAUAUUUGGCCCCCUAAGAGUGAAAUGCCAGUAUGGGACCACAACACAGCUAGUCGUGGUGAAGAUGGKUUUUUUACAACUGAUAAAGGGGAAUGUGUAUCGGAUAGCGAAGGGGGUGAUGAUUUACGCAACAGUCUUUUGUCUUUGAUUGGCACAGAUUCAGUUGCCGCCACUUACCCUACAAUCAAGACGAAACAAAUCGAAAUCAGGAAAGCUACAAAACUAACUUUCUACUUCGAAAAUCUAACUCCAGUUAAGGGACAUUUCACUGUUGAGGCUUCAAAUUACGGCCCCGCUGCCGAAUGCCUGAACCACAUACUCGUUAAAGCCAAAACCAGGACUCCGGAAUUUUUUUGGGAGAAAGCUUGUUUAGACGGUUAUGGUAUCGUAAUCGAGCCAAUUUACUUCUCCGGUGAUAUAAUCCCUUACGAAGUCAUCGAAAUUGAUCUCUGGAUCUACGCAAACACUUGGGGGAAGUACCUCGAAGAAAUCAUUGUGGAAAUUAACGACCUAACCCCGUUUUGUUUUAAUUUAAUGGUCGAAGUUGUUGGAUUACCAGUCGUAUAUCCUUUUGCCCGCAAUACAACUUUGCCAUGUCCCACUCUUCGUUUUGAAAAUAUCGCUUAUGCGACUGAAAGUACCACAAGUUGUUUCACUGUCACCAACAUAAGUGCUGUCCCAAUUCAAAUCAGUUGGCACACUUACUAUAAUAAAGAGCACAAGCCACCACCAUCAGCCCCUGUGAAUUUUCUUCUAAACUUCAACGAAGAUGAUAUGCAGUUUGUAAUGUCUCAUGAUUAUUACGGGUGCGAAGCUUGUAAUAAAUGUAUUACGAUGAAGCCAUGGAAUUUAGUUUUGGAUGCCCAAGAAACAGCUACUGUAAGUGUCACAAUCAGUGCCUCUGGUUUUAAUCCGAUUUAUGAGACAACGAAGCUUAAAUACACUUUAGUAGGAUUUAUUGGACUAAGGAAUACGGAUAAAUUUAAAGAGAACUAUUAUAAAAGAUUGUCUGGAGUGGAUUAUACUCCAACUAAAGUGGAAGUCUUGGUGACGAUGGAAUUGCCGAUUAUGCAAGUUGACAUAUCAAGUGACGAAACCAUUAUUGAUAUUUUCGUUAAUGAUUUACUCAUCAAACAUCAGAAGAUUCCGACGGUUUACCUUAUUCUGAGAAAUGUUGAUAUGAGUUCGAUUGUUUUUUCCAUUGAGAUUGAAAAGCCGUUCAAAAUAAUUGAAGCGCGAACCAUUCCUGGGGGAAUCACAGAUAAAAAAAAUUUGACUCUCGCGAGACACGAAUGUUUACAAGUUGCUGUGACUUGUUAUCUCACUUGCCAGGAUUUACUAGACUAUUCUGAAUUUAUCUACAAGUCCGACGAUAAAAGCACAAUAGAAAAUUAUACGAGUGUUAUUUCAAAAGAUUUGAACGUUUUUCAACAGGGGGCAAAACGACAGAUGAUUCCAUUUCAAGUACGCCUCCACUACCCUCAGAUCGAGGUAAAACCUGCUUUCAUCCGAUUUGGAGAAUGUUUUCUAUUUCGCACUAAGAAAAGUAUGAUUUCAAUUUAUAACAUGACAGGGGCCCUAACAAGUUUUGAAAUUGUAAAGACUACUGAACAUGAUGAUUUUGAGGUACAACCCAGUUGUGCUCUACUUGAAGCAAAUACCGGACUUAAUAAGCAGUUUGUCGACAUUGCGGUGUAUUUUACUCCAAGACAUUGCAAAACAUAUAUGGCGACUCUGAGGAUUAUUACGAAUAUUCCUCAGUAUUUUAUUGAUGUACCCGUUACAGGGCAUGGUUCAAAUAAUGAAAAAUUCUAUACUGAUUAAAACAUUUAUUUUAC